ACACUAUGGCAGUUGAAGACGAGCUGGGCACGAGCGAUGAGAUCAAAGAGUUUAAGCACGAGGGAGAGCUUGACAGUCAGAAGGACUCACUAGCUGACAUCAAACAGGCCCUGGCCAUGUCUGCUGACAAACCCCCACUAGCCGCCGCUCUCGACUAUAUACUUCAGAUGAAGAACACCGCGGGAUUACCUCCGGUUGUCAUUGAAGUCGCUAACAGGAUCAAGCAGGAACAGUUACUAAAGAACGCCAGCUCACUCUACAUCGAGCAAAGCAGAAACGCCAAUCUCCCCACUGUAAACCUGGCGUACGGGAUGCCGACUGCUCCGAAGUUAAACGAGUUCCCCACUAUAUGUCUUCCCUCUCACAUCCCAAAUGUGAACGCUGCCUCAUUGUCCGCCUCCUAUGUUCGACCUAACUGGGCGACUCCCAUGUUGAUAACGUCCAGUCAGAACACCACUCAACCCCGGGCCCACCAGCUACCGUACUACUACAACCAGAGUAUCCACUACCCCCACCCCUUUACUCCAGGUGCUGUCGGAAGCUCACAGUUGCUACCAAGUAACCCUCAACAACAGCAACAACCGCAACCAGCACCCCCAACUAAGGGCAAGGGUUCUAAAUCGUCUAAGAAGAAGUCGACUCAUAUCAAGAAGCCUCUGAACGCGUUCAUGUUGUACAUGAAAGAAAUGAGGGCCAAAGUAGUUCAGGAAUAUACACUGAAAGAGAGCGCAGCAAUCAACCAGAUCCUUGGCAAACGAUGGCACGCACUGGACAGAUCUGAACAAGCCCGGUUUUACGAGUUGGCUCGCAGAGAACGUGCCCUCCACAUGCAGAUGUACCCGAAUUGGUCCGCAAGGUCCAACUACGCAGCUACUGGUAAAAAGAAACGAAAACGAGACAAGAACGCAGAACAAGAAGCAGGAAGUCCCAAAAAAUGCCGAGCAAGAUACGGACUCGAUAAGCAAAGCAGCUGGUGCAAGCCCUGCAGAAGAAAAAAGAAGUGUGUAAGAUACCUACAAGGAGGAGAAGACAGUGACUGUAAAGACGGUAAAUGUGACGCGGACGGAGACCACCACAAGCCAUCCUGCCCGGCUGCCCACGAACCUGGCUGCUCUGUACGCGGCGCGGACCAAUGCGACUGUAACACCCACACAUGCGGGGGCGAGUUCAACAGCUCCGAGAAAGUCAAAGUGGAGGAAAAAGAACCGUGCACGUGCAGAAAAGAAGCAGAAAGCAACAAGACACCAAAUGUGGCUGUGAGCAGUAGCAGCACGGAGAAGGAAGGGAAAGAUACUCUUCAUCUGGCGAGUGUGGCGAAUUUGUCUCUGACUCGAGAGACCCUUGUUACAUCUGUCGCCAGCACCUCCCUCCCCACCAUAGACACAAACUCCCUGUAUAAAGCUGAGAACGUUUUCACGUCUCCUAAGUUUAGAUCGGGUUUUGAACAGCCGGCGUCUCAGACGACCGCGGCAACGGUGACGCCGCGCGUUUUUAUUUCCCCAGACUUUAAUAAUGUUACCCCGAAUACAUCGACCGUGUCCAUGCUAUCUCACUUUCCUAGUAGUUAAUUUAUAAUUUAUUAUUUUACUAUUUUACAAAAUCUAUUUUUAUCCUAUUUUAAAAGCAUGAUUUUUGAAGUAAAUUUCUCAUAUUGCAGUAUAAGUAUUAUACUCCUGUAAAACCGCAUCAUGCAUUAAUUGGAUAUUGACGAAAAUUAUAACUCUUCUUAUUUGUCAGUUUUGAAGUAUGAUCGACGAUCAUAACUUCUGCAUCAGACAUGGCUAUUAAUUUUUUGAUAACCACGAGCUUUGAAGUAUUAUCUAAAAACCGUCUCUGAUGUCUGAACAAUUCUAAAAUCGAUAACAUGUAACAAUCGUUUUUUAAUCUCAAUGAAGUGUUCUUAAUUUGUAAUUUUGGGCGUCUUCACUUACAUUG